AUGGCGGUACAAAUCUCCAAAAAGAGGAAGGUUAGUUCACGUUUCGUACCAAAAUUCUAUUCAUAACUGAUGCAUUUGUAGCAAAUUGGGAUGCCAUGUGUUAGCAGCAUGAAUACGGAGUUGAUUGUAGUAUUGAUCGGGGUCCUCGUCCCCUAGUCUAAAGAGGAUUGACACAGAUGCUAGUUACCGGUACAACGAAUCCUCACUUCGAUAGAGAACGUGUCAAGUGGUGCCUUUUAUACCGUACUAGUGAGUAAGUAUAGCCAUAAUAACACCAAAGCAUUUAGUUGCAAGUCUGAUUGUCGAAGUGGUGUGUAUGUAGAUUGGUGGUCAGUGUCUAGUUGGCUAAUGUUCACGUCACACAGGUGGCAGCCUACUUUAUUUUAACAUUGGCGUUACCCAGUGCACCAACAAUGUAACUUGCUGGCCAGUGAUGUUACCUACAUUUACAUUUUAGUCAUUUAGCAGACGCUCUUAUCCAGAGUGACUUACAGUUAGUGAAUACAUUUUUUAAAUAUUGGCCCCCCAUGGGAAUCGAACCCACAACCCUGGCGUUGCAAACGCCAUGCUCUAUCAACUGAGCUACAUCCCUGCCGGCCAUUCCCUCCCCUACCCUGGACAACGCUGGGCCAAUUGUGCACUGCCCAUGAGUCUCCCGGUUGCGGCCGGCUGCGACAGAGUCUGGAUUCGAACCAGGAUCUCUAGUGGCACAGUUAGCACUGCGAUGCAGUGCCUUAGACCACUGCGCCACUCAGUUGCAGGUUCACUAGCGGCUAUGUGACUACACGCAUGUUCCCUACAACCUGGCUAACAAUGUACUCAUUUUUUGUGCACGGUUAGUUCGUCGCGGACGGAAUCUUCAAAGCCGAGCUGAACGAGUUCCUGACGCGCGAGCUUGCGGAGGAUGGCUACUCUGGUGUGGAGGUGCGUGUGACUCCGACCAGGACCGAGAUCAUCAUCCUGGCCACAAGGUAAAGUUACCGGUAUGUUGGUAGCUAGUGGUGUUAUACUGGAUUUAAAGGGUUAUUGUUAGUAGUAUAAUUAAUUGGUGUAGGGUUGGGCGGUUUCCAUAUUUCCAUAUCCAGAUGUGCCAUCCCGGAUAUACGGUAAAUUACCGGUAGUGCACACAAGGUUCCCUAUUUUAUUUCUCCAAGAAACGCAAGAACAAUCUUUAAAAAGUUCACUUUCAGAGUGCUAACUAGUACUAAGGAAUUCUCAUAGCGGAUGCUAUGUUAAUGAGCGCAUGCGAACAUUUACUACUAGGACAGACAACCUGGCUCAUGCAAGUAUCUCAAAAUGCGGUUUGCAGCAAGCUCAAAACAAAUAUUAGGCAGCAGGGAUCAUAAUAAUCCAGGAGGGGCUGACACGACCCUCCAGCAUGACAAUGCCACCAUCCAUACUGCUCGUUCUGUGCGUGAUUUCCUGCAAGACAGGAAUGUCAGUGUUCUGCCAUGGCCAGCAACGAGCCCGGAUUGCAAUCCUAUUGUGCACCUCUGGGACCUGUUGGAUCGGAGGGUGAGGGCUAGGGCCAUUCCCCCCAGAAAUGUCCGGGAACUUGCAGGUGCCUUGGUAGAAGAGUGGGGUAACAUCUCACAGCAAGAACUGGCAAAUCUGGUGCAGUCCAUGAGGAGGAGAUGCUCUGCAGUACUUAAUGCAGCUGGUGGCCACACCAGAUACUGACACUUACUUUUGAUUCUGACCCCCCCUCCCUUUGUUCAGGGACACAUUAUUCCAUUUCUGUUAGUCACAUGUCUGUCGAACUUGUUCCGUUUGUCUGUUGAAUCUUGUUAUGUUCAUACAAAUAUUUACACAUGUUAAGUUUGCUUAAAACAAACAGUUGACAGUGAGAGGACGUUUCUUUUCUGUUGAGUUUAGCUACUAAAUUAGCAAAUCAAAUUCACAACUGCAGAGUAUUUAAGCGCACUUUAGACAGUUAACUUAAUAGUUAUAAGAUAUCUAGAUGGCAAACGUUGAUGUGAAUUCCAUACUGUAAUUAGAUCACCUGGCACAUGCUGCACGAGGCUCCGGUCUCUUGUCAUUGUGUGCUUGUAAACAAACACAAUGUGACACAUGACUGGGGACUACCGUAAGCUACAUAAUAAUAAUAAUAUGCCAUUUAGCAGACGCUUUUAUCCAAAGCGACUUACAGUCAUGCGUGCAUACAUUUUUUUUGUGUAUGGGUGGUCCCGGGGAUCAAACCCACUACCUUAGCGUUACAAGCACCGUGCUCUACCAGCUGAGCUACAGAGGAUUAUCUCCUAAUGUAUUGCACAAGUUGACUACAGGUAUUUACUUAGUAGCUACAAAUAUUCAAAUGCAUAAAAAAAACGUAGUUUCUCAGGACACACAGCUGUAGGCUAUUUGUGCAAGGAAUAAGAUGUAAUCAGGUACAUUUUUCCCAUUCAUGCAGAGUGGUUAUCGAACACAUUGGAAACUAUUGACAUUGUCAAUGGAUUCUAAAAACAGACUUUGUUUACUUGCUGUUUGAGGUGAAGAAAAAAUAACUUAGUGGUGGUGAGUUAAGAUGAUCAGAAAUACGUCAUACACCCCCAAAUAGGCACAUUUCUGGGCUACAUUUGGGCGCAGGCCAGGUAGCCUAGGCCUACUUCUAUAUUCAUAAUACUUACUCAACAUUGACAGGAGUGCUCCAAAGAAAAGACAAUUAAUAAAUUGACGUAAAUGGAAUUAAAUAAACCAAAACUUGUUUCUCACAAAUGUAGCAUUGGUUGUGAGCUCUGCAAACAACGUGUCCACUCACGCAAUGAGCAAGGUAAAUUACUGUAAUAAUAAUAUUGAAUGCAUUCACAGAAAUUACCAUAACCAAACAACCAUUGUGGGAAUUAACAGUCCACUGAGACAGGUGCAAAUCACAGGUGUCGCGUGUGCCAUGAAAACAUUUUUUUGCGACUGCUCGACAAAAAAACUAUUGGUUGACCAAACCGGCUAUCGACCAGUCAACUAAAUGGGGUCAGCCCUACACCCCUGGUGCGUUAGGUUGUUUAGGUGCCUAGUUAAGUAUGUGGUUGGUGAAAGUGGUCUGCUUUAGAAAGGGCCAUGUUGCCAAAGUGUGAUAUCAUUAUGAGAACUGGUCUUGCAUGCUAGCUACUGUCCUGCAUCAUUGAAACUAAUCUGCAUUUACUAACUCAAAAGGAUCUAUUGAUUCGAAUGAAAUGAAUAAGUUGGUUUUUAAAUAUGAGAACCUGUUAAAUACGGCUCGAACUUUCAUGAACACACGAUGACUGAUAACUGAUUGCAUACAUGGAGAACAUGUAGUAAUGACGUAUUAUUGUUGUUUCAGGACCCAGAAUGUUCUGGGAGAGAAGGGCCGUCGCAUCCGGGAGCUGACCGCUGUUGUUCAGAAGAGGUUUGGCUUCCCUGAGGGCAACGUGGAGGUAAACGGAUACGCAUACACUAAACACACUACAGACUCGUACAUAUACACAUUAGACAUACUCCCUAACCCCAGCUGAGAACUGUGGUUCAGAAGAGGUUUGGCUUCUGAGGGCAGUGUGGAGGAUAGAGGAAUAAGAUUGUGUGAAGUUUAAAUGAAAACACGUGUGAAUUCCACAGAUUUUUAAAUGUGUUAAUCAAUGUAAAACAACCAACCUCUGUGUCUAAAGGAAGAAUCAAUGACUGAAAAAGCUCUAGCGUUGCCUUUGCACCAGACUGUUAACCAGAAACUGCUUUCCUUCAGUGAUGAUACGAUGACGAGUCGGAACGGGACACAGUCCGUCUCUGUGGUCACUGGGUCAGGGUCACGUUCUGUGUCUCUGGGUUCAGUUCCCCAGAGCAGCGGUCUCUUCAAUUGAAGACAUCGAGGCAUUUGUCUGAGAAGGGCUCAAUCCAGUACAGGAAAUGUGUGGAUUCAGAUGGUUUCUUGUUAGAGUCAGGUGGCUAGUUGGGUAAGAUGAAGGUAGUCAGCGAUGCAUGAAGUUGUCAGUGUUCUAGAGACUAUUUCCACCACAACUAAGAAUGUGAAUUGCGAGGCUACAAUUGUCUACUGUGGUGGUUCCGCGGCUAUCACAUUGCAGCACCUGCACCAAGCUGUAGGCUGUGUAGCCUCUCCCAAUCUCUCUCUGUAUGUGUAGAAGGUUAACCUCCCCACUCUCCCUCUCUAGCUGUACGCCGAGAAGGUUGCAACCCGUGGUCUUUGUGCCAUUGCUCAGGCUGAGUCUCUGCGCUACAAGUUGCUGGGAGGUCUGGCUGUACGUAGGUAAGCCUAACCCUGACCUCUAACAUGUUGCACCUAGACACUGAUCAAAGGUCUGUUAUGCAUUAACCUGUAAUGGUACAGGUUAGGAUUUGGGAAGGUAAGCUGGUUCUAGUUCUCUUCAGGAGAAUAUUGGCACUUGUCUAAGAAGGGCCAGGAAAAUGGCUCAUAAUGUCAGAUGUGAUCUAAGUCCUGUAUAAGUUGACGUGUGUAUUAAACCCAUUUUUUUUCUCCUAUCCCAACCCCCCCCCCCCCCCCGUUUUCCUCCACUUUUCCUCCUCGCCCCCCUCUCCUUUCUUCCUCUCUACCCUCACCCGCUCUCUUUCCUUCACCAUCUCUCUUCUCUUUCCUCCAUCCCUUUCCUCUCUCUAUCCCCCCUCCCAGAGCUUGCUAUGGUGUGCUGAGGUUCAUCAUGGAGAGUGGCUCUAAGGGUUGUGAAGUGGUGGUUUCUGGGAAGCUGAGGGGUCAGAGGGCCAAGUCCAUGAAGUUUGUUGAUGGCCUGAUGAUCCACAGUGGAGACCCAGUCAACUACUACGUAGACACCGCUGUACGCCAUGUCCUGCUCCGACAGGGUAAGUACCAAAUCAACCCCUAGACAAUACACUACUACUCUACCCCUAGACACUACUAAUGGUUAGACAGAGUGAAUACCAAAUAAACCCCUAUACCUUACUCCUAGAUGAUUCUGCUCUGUCAAGGUGAAUCACAAAAAUUAGAAUUUUUGGUCUGUUGCUUUUUAAAGGUGAAUGUUUUCCUUCAGUGAUGAUACGAUGACGAGUCGGAAUGGGCCACUGUCGGUCUCUGGGGUCGCUGGGUCAGGGUCAUGUUCUGUGUGUCUGGGUUCACUUCCCCAGAGCAGCGUGUCUCUUCAGUUGAAGACAUCGAGGCAUUUGUCUGAGAAGGGCCAGGAAUGACUUAAGUCUAGUCAUAUUAUGAUCAACUUCUUUCUUGCUACACCACACAUGGGCUAACCCUCAUACUCUAUUCUAUACGCUUCACUGUUCUACGUCUACGUACGCAGAAUAACCAUUUGGUAGAGGGUCCGUCUAAGCACUGAUGUGUCCAUGUAUGUGUUUUUGUCUGUCUCAGGUGUGCUGGGCAUCAAGGUGAAGAUCAUGUUACCAUGGGACCCCAGUGGUAAGAUCGGCCCCAAGAAGCCUCUGCCAGACCAUGUGAGCAUUGUGGAGCCCAAAGACGAGACUAUCCCCUCCACCCCCCAGUCGGAGCAGAAGGGGGCCAAGCCAGAAGCCCCAGCAGCCAUGCCACCGACUCCUGUACCCACCGCAUAGUAGACAGGUACUAUACCCUAACACUAACCCAGCCACUGCAUAGUAGAAAUGUACUGUACUAUAAAUCUGUGGUUCUCAGCUGGUUUUGCUUCGGGACCCAAAUUUAACCAGGUUACCUCAGUCGUGACUCAAUUUGCAUUGUGGGGGAAAACCACAUGCAAUCUGGAAAAUUAUUUUUAAUGCUAGAUUGAUAAUGUAGUAGUUGUUGAGGAGGCUUGUGGUAGUGAAAGGACUCCAUAAUUGUCUCAUUUAAAAUGCUGCACCAAAGUGUCUAUCCCAGGGUGUGAUACACUAAGUUUGUUUACUUUCAGGGCGACUUAUUAGUUUAGUGUUAGUUUACUCCUCCCUUCAGUGAUGAUACGAUGACGAGUCGGAACGGGACACAGCCUGUCUGGGGUCACUGGGUCAAGGUCACGUUCUGUGUCUCUAGGUUCAGUUCCCCAGAUCAGCGUGUCUCUUCAGUUGAAGACAUUGAGGCAUUUGUCUGAGAAGGGCUUCCUGACUUUAUCAAAUAUCUGCAUCCUAUAUGGCACCCUGUUCCCUUUUCUAUUGCACUACUUUUGACCAGGAUCCAUAGGGCUCUGUUCGAAAGCAGUACACUGUAUUGGGAAUGGUGGUGCCAUUUGAGUCAGAAAAUAUACUGCUGGCUAAAUAAAUGACCUUGAGCAUGUUUCUAGACUAUGUUGAGCAUGUAGCAAAGCUACUGUAUGUUGUGUUUUAAUUCAUGCGCUGUGAAUCAGGUAGGGUUGGGGAUGGUGUCCUAAUGUCUGGUAUUCUGUCUUCUCCAGGUGUCAGCCAUUGUUCAUAGAUGGAAGCAGAACCCUGAAUUUUUCUGUACAAAAAUAAAACCUGGGAAAUAAAUACA